AUGACAAAGGCAUCAUCAAAAGGUCAACUUCCAUUUAUCGAACUUAAUGGAAGGCAAUUUGCGGACAGCAAUUUUAUUAUUGACCAUUUGAAAAGUCAUUUUAAAUUAACAAUAGACGAAAAUUUGAGUGACCGGGAAAAGGCUGAUGCUCGAGCAUUUACUCUUCUUAUUGAGGAGUCGCUUUUUAGAUGUUUGAUGUAUGAUCGAGCAAAAAGUUUUGGAUGGUUAGCAACAGAUAAGGGUAUUUUGCCUUUGCAAGCUCUCCAAAAAUUCUUUUUCCAAAAAAUUCUUCUCAAACAAUUGGAGAAACGAUUAAAGAAUCAAUUACAUGCACAAGGUUAUGGACGUCAUUCCCCUGAGGAAAUUGAAGACAUUGCAAAGAAGGAUUUGACAGCAUUGUCUACACUUCUUGGGGAAAAGUCUUUUAUGUUUGGUGAUAUUCCGUCAACUUUGGAUGCAACAGCUUUUGGUCUUUUAGUUCAAUUUACUGAUGCUCCAAUGAAUUCCGAUAAAAUUAAAACUUUUAUGGAACAGAAUACACCAAAUUUAGUUGAAUUUGUUAAGCGAAUCAAAGAGCGUUAUUGGCCAGAUUGGACGCAACUUUGUGAGACUUUGGCGCUCAAUCCUGAGGAUAUUAAAAAGGAAGAGGAGCAAAAGAAGGAAGAAAAUAAGGAAGUGGAGAAUGCUGAGACUCCAACCGCUGCUGUACAACAACCAACGGAGACUGCUGUGCCUACUCAGGCUUAA